AUGGAUUUCACGGAAGCCUACUCCGACAGGUGCUCUGCGGUUGGGCUUGCAGCGAGAGAAGGCAAUGCCAAGCAAUUGAAGAAGCUUAUCAAGCAGGGGUAUAGUGUUGAUGUCCCCGAUAACAGGGGCUGGAUGGCAAUCCAUGAAGCAGCAUUUCACAACGCAAGUGAAUGUCUGAAGCUCUUAAUUCGUGCAGGUAAAGAAAGCAGGGUCUUAUACCAAAACAGUGCCUUAGGAUCCACUGUUCUCCAGUAAUAAUAAUAAUAAAAAUAUUUUUUUUUUAUUUAUACCCUGCCCUCCCCAGCCAAGACCGGGCUCAGGGCGGCUAACAACCAAUAAUAAAAACAAGUUGAUUAAAAUACAAUUUAAAAGAUUAAGAUACAACAUUAAAACAAUUAGGGAGCAAUCUCAUCAUAGGAGGAAAAAGGAAAAAGAAAAAGAAAAAGGGGAGGGAAUCAAACAGAUUCUGAGCCUAAGGCCAGGUGGAACAACUCUGUCUUACAGGCCCUGUGGAAAGAAAUCAGAUCCCGCAGGGCCCUGGUCCCAAGAGACAGAGCAUUCCACCAGGCUGGAGCCAGUGUUUAGAAGGCCUUGGCUCUGGUUGAGGCUAAUCUAACUUCCUUAGGGCCCGGAGUAGUACAGUGGUACCUCAGGUUAUGUUACCUUCGGGUAACGUAAUUUUGGGUUGCGAACACGGCAAACCCAGAAGUGUAUACUUCCGGGUUUCACUGUGCGCACAUGCGCAGAAGCGCACUAUCGCGCCGCGCAUGUGCGCAGAAGCGGCGCCUCUGGAUACAGACUUUACGGGGUAAGUACGGACCCCUGGGACGAAUUAAGUUCAUAUCCGGAGGGUCCACUGUGCUGGAGUCCAGAAAUUCAGAAUCUACAAUGUAUCUGGCAUCUCCUACUAGUAAAUGCUACACAAAUUAUGGGCUGUGCAUUCUUAAUUAGGGAGGGAACGUAGGAAGCUGCCUUAUACAGAGCUGAAUUGUUGGUGCAUCUAGUGGAGCGUUGUCUAGAGUUAUUGGCAGCAGUUUCCUUGGUAUCAGACAGGAGCUUUUUAUCAGCCCUGCCCAGCUUUAGGAACACAGGAACUUCUGCCUACAAGCUCUAACCCGGAGCUACAGUCCUUCCCCAACUAGCAGUAAACAAAGGCAAAUUUGCAGUGGACCUUUUGCCUUGCAGUAUUCAUGUCGAGUAGCAAUCGAUAGCUGGUGUAGCAUAAUAGCUAAUGCUUCAAUCCUAAUCUCAUUUAACCUGGGAGUAAACCCUGUUGGAUUCAGUAGGAUUUACUCGGUGAGAAUUGCUGUGUAGGAAACUGGUAAUUCAUUAAGUCCCUGGUUUAAAAUCUCACCUCUGCUGUGGUUUUCCAAGUCAAACUCCUAUGAUCAGUCACACGAUCAGUCUGCUUUUCUUCAUGAAACAACUCUUGCCGUAAUAGCUUUGUGGCGGGUUCAGCUUAGGGAGGCCUUGUGGAAUGCCCAACAUUGCAUUGGGUUUAGCUGUUUGUUUGAUGCGUGAUCUGCUUUUCUAUGUACCGCAUUUUUUGCUCUAUAAGACUCGCUUUUUCCCUCCUAAAAAGUAAGGGGAAAUGUGUGUGUGUCUUAUGGGGCGAAUGCAGGCUGCGCAGCUAUCCCAGAAGCCAGAACAGCAAGAGGGAUUGCUGCUUUCACUGCGCAGCUAUCCCUCUUGCUGUUCUGGCUUCUGAGAUUCAGAAUAUUUUUUUUCUUGUUUUCCUCCUCCAAAAACUAGGUGCGUCUUGUGGUCUGGUGCAUCUUAUAGAGCGAAAAAUACGGUAAAUUCACCCAAAAGGUGGCAUAAAGUACAAACCGCAACUAGCAGUCAUCUUAAACUUGCACAAUAGCACCAAGGAAAGUAAUAAUUUGUUAAAACCCUCUUAAAAGCUAGAGCUAGUUAGGAGUUUGUGAUAUAAAUUGCAAUCCUGACAUCGUAAUCAUAACGAAAAGCAACUGUUAGUAAACAAAACAAAAAGAGCUCCACAGAUACAGAACCCUGACAGAACCAUGCAGAGGAGAUCUUUGGGAAUAGGCUGUGGCUCAGGGGUAGAUCACCUGCCUUGUGAAGCUGAGAAGGUCAUCAGUUGUCCUAGCUCCUCACUACUUUACAUCCAGCCCAUCAAAGUCAAUGUAAGCUUAUCUUCUCCUACUGCUUCCACCCCAAAAUGAAGGAUUUCCUGUUUUCUAAUGCUAUUCUGCAAUGCUCUUUUUUAUUUUAUUAUAUCGUCUCCAGCACCCUCUGAUAGUUACAUAAGAUCGAAGACAUUUGAGGGCACUUGCCCAUUGCAUCUUUCUGCAAGUCGAGGAAGUUUGGAGUGCGUUGCUAUUCUUCUGGAAUCUGGAGCUGAUCCCAAUGAGCUUACUAAUGAUGCAAGCACACCAUUAUUCUUAGGUGAGCACACCCCAUUCUGAAAAUACCCUGGCCCAAAAAUAAUUGAAAUAAUUUACUUAACCUAAAAUUAGACAGUAUUUGUGGAGAACCGGCAGAUGUCAGUGUUACUCAAGGAAUGGCAAAAUGCUGCAGUGUUUUGAAAAAGCUUGUAUGGAGGUAUCUUCUCCUAGGGGGUGAGUUGUUGUUUGGGUCUUGGGCUGGAAGUAGGGAGAGGGACUAUAAACUCCGACCUUUUCCCCAAUCUGGAUUCAUGGAUCCUGCGACUGGGGGAUAUGACCACUGGUGGGGAUGGACUGCAACAAUUUUGGUAUACAAAUGACUGGUAGGAGUGCUUAGCUAGAACUGGGGAGUAAUCAGCUGGGAAGACUGAGAGUUCAGUGGCUAAGAAUGUUUCACAGAAGCAGGUGCACCCUUGACCAUAGUCAGUCUGCCUGAGGCUGAUGGGCUGGAGUUCAACAUUUGGAGGGCCUCAAGGUUCCCUGCUCCUGGAGUCUGUGCUCUGUCCCAGCUGCCAGCCUAGCAGUUUGAAAGCACACCAGUGCAAGUAGAUAAACAGGUACCACUGCGGCGGGAAGGUAAAUGGCGUUUCCAUGUGCUCGGGUUCCCGUUGCGCCAGAAGCGGUUUAGUCAUGCUGGCCACAUGACCCGGAAAGCUGUCUGCGGACAAACGCCGGCUCCCUCGGCCUGAAAGUGAGAUGAGUGCCGCAAGCGUUCACCGGACUUAACCAUCCAGGAGUCCUUUACCCUUUACCUUUUAGUGUCUCGUUCAGCUAUGUUUGCAGAGUGUAACAUUUUUCUGAACCAUAUUUAUGAAAACAUAGCAUGCUGAGACAAGGUGUUCUGGCAUCUACAGCCCUUUUUCUUUGCGGCUGGAACGCAUCUGUUUAACAUUUUCUGCUCUUUGGAGUAUUCCCAGGAAUAUUUUCUUCUUCUAAAAUAUUCCCUUUUUUAUGUGGUUUGUUGACAAUGCUCUCCAUUGGGUCUGCUGUGUAAACGAGUAUCUUCGCAUGUCUGUUUCUUCAGUAAUCUUUUCUUCUUCUUUACAUGUUGCUGAAAAAAUGAUUCUAAAUAGGAAGAAAAUGUUUUAAGCAUUAGUGCUAGGAGCGGCAAGGGUCUACAAAUGCAGUUGCACUUUCUUAGCUCAGCUCAUACAUUUGUGGGAAAUGCAAAGGGAGAAAUAUGUGGGGUCUCAUUUCUGACCUCAUGCCAGGCUUCAGAGAUACAGUGGUACCUCCGGUUAUGGACGGGAUCCGUUCCGGAGCUCUGGUAGGAUCCUGAGGUUUCUGCAACUGGAGGGACCACUUUUGCGCAUGCGCACGCAGCGAAACACUUCCGGGGUUGCCACUUUUGCAACCCAAAGUUUACAUUACCCGAGGGUAAUGUAAACCGAGGUGUCACUGUACUGAAGCAAGAAGGUUUCUGGCCAUGCAUAGCCCUUUGGGCAUGAAACCCACUCGUCUUCCAAGUUGAGGGAGAGUCAAGAUCAGCGGCUACCACAAAUUUUGGGCCUGCUACCCAAGCCAGCCAAAACCUCUACAACCUGAUAGGGCUAGACUGAUGAUAGAUUUGAAUCUGCUGAUGGAUUUCUGGGUAACUUGUAGUAGAUCAAUAAGUGUAACUGGCUCCCAGUUGUAGUAGCAACUCAAAGGCUUUCUCUCCCGCCUGAGUUUGGCUAUUGGAAUCACGACUGUCCUAAUUCAGAUAGUGUUUUAUAAGCAGGUCUUCCCUGUGCAUAAGACAGGGGUUGUGGUAGGCAACGAAUUCCUGAGCCACCAUUUUGCAUCUGGCUCUGGUACAAACAGAAGAGGCCGUUGGAUCAGGCCAGUGGUCUAUGUACUCCAACUUGCUCUUCUAACAGUGACCAACCAGAUACCAACAAGAAGCCCAUGAGCAGUACCUGGCCACAACAGCUCCCUAUCCACUUGUGAUUCCCAGACAGUCAACAACAGAGCUGGGACAUAGUCAUUAUGGCUAGUAGCCUUAGACCACUGAUGGCCAAACUUGGCCCUUCAGCUGUUUUGGGACUACAAUUCCCAUCAUCCCUGACCACUGGUCCUGUUAGCUUGGGAUGAUGGGAGUUGUAGUCCCAAAACAGCUGGAGGCCCAAGUUUGGCCAUCACUGCCUUAGACCUUCCUCAGAGUCUUCUGGAUCACUGGAAGAAGUGUAGGUAGUGAGAGUUUUUCCUAUCUUCACAACAGCUUGUUGUAUCUCAGCUUCAAAGUAUAAUGUCCCUAGUUCCUGAAUCAGGAAGUCCCUUUGCUGAGUGCUCACCAAGAAAGUGCCACCUAUGUUAUUAUUCUGGAGAGGGGUCAUAGCUCAGUGGUUGGGUCAGUUGAAGUCCAAAAGGUUAAAGGGCCGUAUAGUGGAGGUGGCAAUAGAAGAAAGAGAUUCACUUGGUGGCUGUGGUGAAGUUAAUACAUUUGUACAACUCUGAAUUUUGCAAUUAAGGUUCCUGGCUGAGUAAGGUGUAUGAAAAUGAAUAUACUGCGGUAGAGUGUGCAUGAAAACGCACACAUUAGUGAAAAUAACAUACAAAAAUUUCAUCUGUUGGUUUGCAAAAAAUGUGCAUGUGAGGGAAAAUUGCAUAGGAAAAUGUGUAUAUUAGGUGAAAAUUGCACUAAAGCUUUGAUGAACUCUCAUAAGAACUUUUUAUUUUCAGUUAACUGAAUCAAAGACUGAAAGAAACCAAAAUGCACUUUUUCAUUUUCUGUCUUAAGAUUACAGAAAAUAAAGAAACACCUCCCUCCCCAGCUCAGUCUUUAUUAAUGCUCAGUUUUUUUAAAAAAUGUGAUGGUGUUUUUUGGCUAUCAAGUAUGGCCAAGAAAAAGAAAAGACCAUGUAUUUCGGAAAAAUGGUUUGUAUGCAUAUUCUCAAAAGGCUCAACAGAUGUCUGUUGGAAAGAGAAACCUCUUUUUCAAAUUUGCUGCUCUGGUGAAAAAGCAAGGCAAAAGCCACAGGCUUUCAGUUGACCUAGGAGAAACUACUUUUUGAGCGCCACUGCAAAUCCUGUCUCACGUCUCUUUGCUAUUCCUGGCUUUGUUGUUUGAUUUUGUUUUGUUUUCAUGUCUCAGCUGCUAUUCUGUUUUCAAAGAAUUUCUGACUCUCUAACCUCCUGAUGUGUGGGGAUUUUGGGUUGUAAGCGGGCAGAGUUAAUAGAUCAAUGAAAAGAGUCAAGUCCACUGAGGAAGUUGAGAACAGUCAAGGCAAAUUCUUGGCUUAAUAGGGAGAAGAAAUCUGCUUGGCAGUUCUGUGAGAUUUCAAGAAUCAGAGAAGCAAAAGCUUAGAAAGGUGGCAUGUUCUGAGUUUAUUUCCUUCCUUUGUUUCAAAUAAGUACCUCCACGGAGACUUUUCCGUUGAAAUACCUGUCUUUAACAAGUCUGUGCAUUAGUGAUUAUAAAAUUCAUUCAGGGUUACAAAAAUAUGCAGUUCCUUCAAUCUGUGUGCCGUAUCAUGUUUUAUUUCCAGAGGGGUAGUUGUGUGAGUCUGUGGCAGAAUUUUGAGGGAGUGCUGGGGCGCCGGUCACAAAAUGGCUGCCAUGGAAGAGACAGGCCAAAACACAAAAUGGCAGCAUGGGGAAGAACACAAACUUAGAGAGACAACCACCCACAACAAGGUUAUGCUUGCUAGAGACUGACUUAUUUUAAAACAAAAGCUCAGAGUUUGCCGUUCCUGCCAAGGGACACUUCUGGAAGUUCGCUCCCCUUCCUUUUUAAAAAAAAAAUCAUCCUUUAUUAUUUUAUUCACAUAUUAUACAUUCUUUACAACAAACAACUCCAGAAUAAACAGACAACUCCAAAAUAAAAUCAUAUGUAACAAAACCAUAAGUCUCAUGUUUUCAUUUACACUGAUCUCCUCUCCGAUACCUUUACUUGAUAUUUCUUGCUGCUUUCUGCUUUCCUUAUAGAAUCUUUAUGAAAAUUUAAAUCUCUUAAAUCCUAUACCAAUCUUUAACAAUUUCAAUUAAUCCCUUCACCUUCCUCCCCCACAGCCCAGUACUUCCCUCCACCCGUGUGCGAUCUUCUUUACCUCCUAUUUUUGUUAUUGUUACGUUAUUCACUUUAUUUGUUAUUCCAUUCUUAAUAUACUAUUAUCCUAUCUCCUUGUGCCUUUUAAACUUUUAAAGGCUCCUGGAAGUUUUCAUGGGCAACAUGGCACCCACGGGUGCUGGGUUGGCAACCCUGUUCAGUUAAUUUUCAUGGAAGAAAAACUAGAAUACAGUGGUGCCCCGCAAGACAAAUGCCUCGCAAGACGGAAAACCCGCUAGAUGAAAGGGUUUUCCGUUUUUGAGUUGCUUCGCAGGACGAAUUUCCCUAUGGGCUUGCUUCGCAAGACGAAAAUGUCUUGCGAGUCUUGAGAUUUUUUUUUCGCUUUCCCCCCCUUUAUCUAAGCCGCUAAGCCUUUAAUAGCCUUUUAGCAGCUAAUCCGAUAAGCCGAUAAGCCUUUAAUAGCCGCUAAACCGCUAAUAGCGCUAAUCCGUUAAGCCGCUAAUAGGGUUGCUUCGCAAGACGAAAAAACCGCUAGAUGAAGACUCUCGCGGAACGGAUUAAUUUUGUCUUGCGAGGCACCACUGUAGACAUUUUGUUCCCCUCUUCUCUUCUGUCUUUUCCCAGUACUUUUUGGUCUUAAGGACAUCUGUUCUUUUAAAAAAAGAAACGAAAGAUUGCUGUUAUUUCCAAUAGCAAACUAGCUUUGCGACUGAAGGGCUGUAACUCAGUGACGGAGCACAUGCUUUGCAUUCUGUUAUUAUUAUUAUUAUUAUUCAGAAGGUUCAGUCCCUGGUGUCUUCAGGUACGACUGAGAAAGAGCCACUGCCAGUCCCAAUGGAAAAUACUGAGCUACGUAGAUUAAUGCUCCAUCUUUCUGUCGUCUUCUAUAUUUCCACACCCAAUUAAAGGAAAUCGCUUUAUUCACGAAUAACACUGAAUUUUGCUAAAAAAAAAAAAUGCUGCUGUUGUUGAUUGCAUUAAACACUUGUUGGAAGGGCAGAGUUAACUUAAUAACUAAUGAUUUUAAAUUAUGGCUCUGUUGUAGGUAUUUCUGUGAGAUCAGGGUCAUCCCGUACGAUGGAUGGGCGUGUGUAUUUUGAUGAAGGGAACAGAGUGAAAAAUUAUGAGUCAUGCAGGGGGAGAGAAAUGUACGUGCAUAAACUGAGCAGUGUUAAACUUACAUUUUAGUUGCUCUUUUGUUUUAUAGAUGCUUUUUUGAUUUGUUAACCCUAUAGUAUGGCUUAACACUGUAAUUGUGAUAUUUAGCUUGUUUUUUAAGUUGCUGGUUUGUUAAUAGUGGUUUACAGAUUGUAAUUGUUUGGCUGAUGACUUGUUAAUUGUAUUAUAUGAUUUAUGCUGUACUUCUAAUGCUCUGCUCUGUUAAUGUUAUUUAUUGUUUGACCACUCUUAGAAUUACAACUCUCCCCCUGCCCCCGCAUCAUCCUUGCUGCUAUCAAUAAGUUUUCGUCCUAUUCCUAGAAUUCCGAUUUAACACAGUAUUUCACAAAACCUAAUAGCACAGUUAAUGCUGCAGUUGGGAGGGCAUAACCCACAAUUUCUUUCAUGUUAUUUAUCACAGCUUUCCUACCCGCCCCCCACCUUGAAGUUUUAGUUUACAGUGCUGUCAGACACACAUUGAUUUUUAUUUUUAUUACUUACCUGUGGCCUUUUCAGACCGACUUUUUGAUUUCUCUCGGGAGCGAAAGACUACUGAAGUAAAAUGUUAAAGAAAUCCUCGCUCCCCGAGCCAGGUUUACAUAUUCUACUUAAAAAAAAAAAAUGUUACAGGAGAGACUGUCAUUGUGUCUGCCAUCUGUAAAAGGUGGGCUUAAGCUGCCGAUGAAGCCGCGGAAAAUGAUUGGACACGACUCUGAUGUUUCCAAAGUCGCCUGGGAGCGAAGGAAAAUCGAUCACAUUUCUUCUCAUGGAGAUGGGGAAUCUGCUGAGAGAGAGAAGCUGAUGACGUGCCCCUUCUUCAGCUUUGUGGUUGUUAAAAUCCAGCAGUGGUCAAAAUUGUUGUUUAGUCAUUUAGUCGUGUCCGGCUCUCUGUGACCCCAUGGACCAGAGCACGCCAGGCACUCCUGUGUUUCACUGCCUCCCCCAGUUUGGUCAGACUCAUGCUGGUAGCUUCGAGAACACUGUCCAACCAUCUCGUCCUCUGUCGUCCCCUUCUCCUUGUGCCCUCCAUCUUUCCCAACAUCAGAGUUCUUUCCAGGGAGUCUUCUCUCUCAUGAGGUGGCCAAGUACUGGAGCCUCAGCUUCAGGAUCUGUCCUUCCAGUGAGCUCUCAGGGCUGAUUUCCUUAAGAAUGGAGAGGUUUGGUCUUCUUGCAGUCCAUGGGACUCUCCAGAGUCUCCUCCAGCACCAUAAUUCAAAAGCAUCAAUUCUUCAGCAAUCACCCUUCUUUAUGGUCCAGCUCUCACUUCCAUACAUCACCACUGGGAAAACCAUAGCUUUAACUAUAUGGACCUUUGUUGGCAAGGUGAUGUCUCUGCUUUUUAAGAUGCUGUCUAGGUUUGUCAUUGGUUUUCUCCCAAGAAGCAGGUGUCUUUUAAUUUUGUCAAAAUUAGGAAAUGACAGUUAUGCACCAGGGGUUAGCCCUGCCCAGACCUUGAACCCGAGGUCUCCUCAGAUGAGCAGCAAGGGGAACAGGACCCUCCAGUCAAGGCUGUCCGUGAGCCUGAGGAACCAUCACAUCUGGGCACUCCUGACCAAGGACCGGAGGUCCCCAAAACACCUGUCAGCUCUCAGGUUCCACCACCUUCAUCUUCUCCAUGGGCCACAGAAGCAGAGGAUGAUGGACCAGUUGGGCUGUAACAGGAAACCAUGGUUUCUUCUUACUGCCCGAGCCUCCGGCUUGCCCAUUUCCCUUCCCUCUUCCUUACAUAGCCACAGGGCCAGAUUUACGUUUGAUGAGGCCCUAAGCUACUGAAGGUAAUGGGGCCCUUUAUAUGUCCAGCUGUCCUUUGUCAGCAACAAAUUGUCAUUUUUGUGUGUGUUGAAUAUAUGCUAUAUGCUAAUUUAUGGACCUAAUAGGUAUCUAAAGCCAGUUGCACAUGCAGAAUGCAGGCACCCUAUAUAUAGAAAUGAGCAAACCAGUGAUAUUUCAGGGAGCUGGCUACAAGGCGGGGCCCAUUACUUACAUCUUAGGAGCCUACACACAAAAAACACUGUUGCUGUAUGUAGGUUUUAUUUUAUUUGUUUUUUAUCUUAUAUUUUGGAAAUGUACGUCCAGUUUUUUUUCCUUUAAAUUUUUUUGGGGGGCCCCAAGAGAGUGGGGCCCUAAGCUAUAGCUUGUUUAGCUUAUACGUAAAUCCGGCACUGCAUAGCCACAAGGAAGGCACCAAAAGCUUUUGUUUCCACUUUAAAAUUAAGCACCAUUUCCCAUUACACCUGAAUGUGAGGAACUGUGGUUUGUUGGAAGAAAACCAGGAUCAAGCUGUGGUUUCAGACCCUGGCCUGCUCAAACAAACCACAGUUUCCCGAGUUCGGAGGUAAAGUGGAACAGAUUGUUUUAAAAGUGGUAGCAAAAGGUUCUGAUCUCAUCCUUGUGCACAAGAGGAGGAUGGUGAAUGAAAUAUGUUGAGCUCAACACUUCCAUGUUGUUGUUGUUCUUCUGUCAUUGUUAUUCUUGUCGUUUCUGUAUUUAUUACCUACCCUUCACCACAAGGUCCCAGGGUGGAUUGCCAGUGUAAAACACAACAUUAAAAACAGAUAACAUGCACAGCAAGAGUGAGUCUUAAAUAUACUGUAUUUUUCCGUGUAUAAGACUAGGUUUUUUUUACUAAAAAAUAAUGCUAAAAAGGGGGGUAGUCUUAUACACGGGGGCAACCUCCCCCCAUUUUCUUAAUUUUGAGUCCCCCAAAAUAGGGGGCAUCUUAUACAGGGGGGCGUGUUAUACACAGAAAAAUACGGUACAUAUUUCAAAUGUCAAAAGGCCAGGGUAAAGAGGUGUGUCUUCACCAUAUGAUGAAAGCUGAUAAUGUACAGUUCACUGGCUGCCUAGGAAGUUGCAAAUCUUUUGCCUCCAAAGCAGACAUCUCUUGGAAAUGAUUUUUUUUUUUACAUUUCCUUUUUAUGCAGGGAAGUUGAGGGUUGUGCAGUGCUGCACGACUACUUAAGAGAAUUAAUUCUGACUUCAGUAGCGGAUGGAAAACAGCAUUCUGAUGAUGGUGUCGAAUAAGAUGAACGUAUGUGGUGUAGCUGAUAAGAAUAAUGGUUUUUAACCCUCUGUUUAUAGCUGUUCAAAAUGGACACGUUGACGUGAUAAAGCUUCUCCUUCAACAAGGAGCAAAUAUUAAUGGUCCCCACUGUUGGUCUGAAUGGAAUUCUCUGCACCAAGCUGCUUUUCAGGUAAUCUAUAAAUCCAUAAUUUCAUUUCCAUAUAAAUAAAGUUUUACUCUUUCUCCCUCUCUCUCUUAAAAUGGCAGCUUUGUGUAGUCUUUGCAUGCUGUUCCUUUUGGUGAUUUAUGACAGCCGGGUGCAGAAAAGUUAGUUUAAAUGCAAAUGAUCGUUCUGAAUACGGCAGGAAUUGUGCUGAGCGUUAAACACAGCGAGCAUGUUAAAAUAUUUAAAGUAUUACACGUGUUUUAAGAAAUGAUCAGGCAUAACAUGGGUGAUAAAUCUGUUGUUGAACAUUAAUUUGCUUGAAAUAAUUCUUUUGUCCCAAUGCACUGGGGCUCAAACAACAGGCAGACGAGUUUCAGUAUUUAAAAGGUAAAAUACAAGCUUGGAGAGUUUUAUUGUCUGCAGUUCUCUGCCCAAGCCAACCUCCCAAGUUCUUUGGCACAGAAUGCUCUCUGAACUGCUAGAGCAGCGGACGUUCUGGGCUGGGCCUUGCAGAAUCCCGUGACUUUGACAGAUUAGGCUUUAAAUAUGUACUGAACUAAAUUUCUCCUACAUCCCUAUUUUCGGAACGUACAGAGUGGUCGAGGGAGGGAGACACUACUAAGCGCUGGGAACCACGAACAACGGCACGGUACUCAAUGCAAAUACACGUCGAGAUCUCACUCUGUUUUUAACAACAAUGAACUCCUUUUUUACCCACUUUCAGAACUACCCGGAGAUAUUGAAAUUACUCCUCGACAAAGGAGCCGAAAAAGAAUGUGUGGAUGAUUUUGGGAUCACCCCUUUAUUUGUUGCUGCACAGUAUGGGAAGCUGGAAAGUUUAAGGAUACUUAUAUCAUACGGUAACCCUUUUCUGUUUCUGUGAAGCUGCUGUCUUUCAGCAGAUUUCCUUCGUGUAAGCUGGGGGGGUGAAUAACAGUAUUGCUAUUGUUCAAUAGAAGUGGCUUAUUAACAAAGUGAAUGUUUCAAGGAGAAGAGCUGUAGCUCAGGGUAGAGCACCUGCUGCAGGUUGUAGCAGAGACCUGUAGCUUAGAUAGCUUUUAAAAGAUUUAAAAGAAAUUUAUGGAGGGAUUUGUUGUUGUUGUUAUUUUGUUGCAUUAUAAAAAGAAAAGUAAUAGAUUUACAUCUCCAUAAAAUGCAAAACUAGGGACGCGGGUGGCGCUGUGGGUUAAACCACAGAGCCUAGGACUUGCUGAUCAGAAGGUCGGCGGUUCGAAUCCCCACGACGGGGUGAGCUCCCGUUGCUCGGUCCCUGCUCCUGCCCACCUAGCAGUUCGAAAGCACCCCUAAGUGCAAGUAGAUAAAUAGGUACCGCUCCGGUGGGAAGGAUUUCCCCUUCAUUUUUGGAGGGGAAAAAGUGUGUCCUAUAGGGCGAAAAAUACGUUAAUUUACUAUUGAAUGGCAGGAAUGUUUGCAAGGUGUACUGCAGAGCGCUGGGCUUUAACCUCCUCUCUUAUUCAUUAAUUACUGGGUUCUCUGUUGCCUAUCAGGAGCAAACGUCAACUGUAAAGCCAAGGAUCGGGCCACUCCAUUAUUCAUCGCUGCACAGGAGGGCAAUGAUGAAUGCACGGAGCUGUUGUUAUCCAGCGGAGCAGAUCCAAACCUGUACUGCAAUGAAGAUGAGUGGCAGUUACCUAUCCACGCUGCAGCAGAAAUGGGGCACAGCAAGUAGGUUCUAGAAGACGCUGCUCCAAUUUUCAAGCAAACGAAGUUGUCACUAGACUUAACCUUGUACUCCAGGGGUAGGAAGGUAAAGGACCCCUGGACGGUUAAGUCCAGUCAAAGGCGACUAUGGGGCUGUGGCGCUCAUCUCGCUUUUCAGGCCGAAGGAGCUGGCGUUUGUCCGCAGAUAGCAUUCUGGGUCAUGUGGCCAGCAUGACUAAACUGCUUUUGGCGCAGUGGAACACUGCUGGAAACCAGAGCGCACGGAAACACCAUUUACCUCCCUGCCGCAGUGGUACCUAUUUAUCUACUUGCACUGGCGUGCUUAGGUUGGCAGGAGCUGGGACAGAGCAACGGGAGCUCACUCCGCCGCAGAGAUUCGAAUGUAGGGACGCGGGUGGCGCUGUGGUCUAAAUCAUUGAGCCUCUUGGGUAUGCCGAUCCAAAGGUCCAGGGGCAGGAAGUUCCACUGGCUCAGAGACCAGAACCCCACUUGAGCUGGGAUGCGGGGCUUACAUCUGUGUAUCGCUUGCUGAACUGGCAUUAGGGACAUGUGCUGGCGCAGCCCUGGCGGAGCCUUGACUCAGCCAGCAAAUCUGCUGAAUGCAAAGUCUCUCAUCCAGGUAGAUCUUAGGUUUGGAUUGCCCUUCAAAUCUAUGUAAACCAAGAUUUAACUGCAUUUUAAUUUCAACGCUAUAUUUUAAAGUAAUGUACAAAUGUGUGAUCCUCCCCCCCCCCCGCAAUCCAUUAAGGAUCAACCUGUUUUAAACCCUGGAAUCACUGUUUUAAUAUUUACCGUAUUUUUUGCUCUAUAAGACUCACUUUUUCUCUCCUAAAAAGUAAGGGGAAAUGUGUGUGCGUCUUAUGGAGCGAAUGCAGGCUGUGCAGCUAUCCCAGAAGCCAGAACAGCAAGAGGGAUUGCUGCUUUCACUGCGCAGCGAUCCCUCUUGCUGUUCUGGCUUCUGACUUUCAGAAUAUUUUUUUCUUGUUUUCCUCCUCCAAAAACUAGGUGCGUCUUGUGGUUUAGUGCGUCUUAUAGAGUGAAAAAUACGGUAUGUAACACUGAAAGGUGGUUAAGUUGGGUUGCUGGUUUUUAAAGCGCCAGGAAAGAUUUUGCUCUUGCACUGAAACCUGUAGCAAUAACAAGCACUUUUCAUAUCUUUAGUAUACUACGCUUGCUCGUGCCCGUUACUGACCGGCUCUGUGGCAGCGCCGAAGGCAAAGUGAGCCCUGUCUACUCUGCAGUCCUAGGCGGUCAUGAAGAUUGCUUGGAAUUAUUGCUUAAGGAAGGUUACAGCCCAGAUGCCCAAGCUUGUCCAGUCUUUGGCUGCAGGUCACCCAUGCCCUUGGCUUUCCAAAAGGGGUAGGUAUCAGCAGGAACUGGCAGGAGAGGGUGGACAAAAAGUCUGUGGCAGUGAUCGCUCAGAACCUGACAUAAAAUAACUUGUUGUUGUUGUUUAGUCGUUUAGUCGUGUCCGACUCUUCGUGACCCCAUGGACCAGAGCACGCCAGGCACUCCUGUCUUCCACUUCCUCCCACAGUUUGGUCAAACUCAUGCUGGUAGCUUCGAGAACACUAUCCAACCAUCUCAUCCUCUGACGUCCCCUUCUCCUUGUGCCCUCCAUCUUUCCCAACAUCAGGGUCUUUUCCAGGAAGUCUUCUCUUCUCAUGAGGUGGCCAAAGCAUUGGAGCCUCAGCUUCAGGAUCUGUCCUUCCAGUGAGCACUCAGGGCUGAUUUCCUCCAGAAUGGAUAGGUUUGAUCUUCUUGCAGUCCACGGGACUCUCAAGAGUCUCCUCCAGCACCAUAAUUCAAAAGCAUCAAUUCUUCAGCGAUCACCCUUCUUUAUGGUCCAGCUCUCACUUCCAUACAUCACUACUGGGAAAACCAUAGCUUUUACUAUACGGACCUUUGUUGGCAAGGUAACUUACUGUGUUCCAUAUUGCUGGGUAAUAUAUGAAGCUGUCUUCCCCCCUCUGUAGAGCUAAACUCACGUAUAGACUUUUUGAACUUCGGUGCUGGAAUUCCGCAUGCGCCCCCAGCAGGUUUAACCAACGUGGUACCUUCCAGAUGCUGUUGACCUUCAGCUUUGAUCAGCAUGGAGAAUAGUCAAGGUUGAUAGGAUCUGUGGUCCUGCAACAUCUGGAAAGAACUACACUGGCUAUUCCUGCUCUAGGGCUUUCUUUUAAAAACAGGGGUUUCCUCUCAGGCUGCAAGUGUGUAAACACUAACCUGGGAGUAAGCCCAGUUAAAUCCACGAGGCUUCCUGAUGAACAGGCGGCCACAGAAUUGCACUUCUGCCUGGUGUAUACCAGUUCUGGGUCGUAUCCAAAGAACCUGGCAAGGAUUUCCUUGGGGAAGUUUUCCUCUUUGAAGCAGAGGCUUGUCGAACACACAUUCAGUCUAAUUUCCUUGCUUUCAAAGGGUCUUUAUCAGCAAUCUCUGUCUCUAGGGAACUUGACAUGAUUUUGUAAUUGAGUCAAGUAUAUUCUUAAUUAGCAUAGAACUCUCUCUCUCUCCUCCCCACCCAUCUCCUUCUGCUUGAAAUGGCUGCUUGAUUCUCUCCUAAUAUCAAUCUCUUAUUUUCCUUUUAAAAAAAGAAGAUAAUGUUAUUAGCAUGGAUUCUGCUGGGGUUUCCUUUCUAUAUUACGCACAGAGGGUGCGGGAGGAAUGCUUGUUGACGCAGUUUGAUUUUUCCCCUCUUCCAGCUUACAGGAAAGGAGAAAUUCUGAAAUGCGUUAAAACAGAAAUGCAUUUAUCAGUCCAGAGUUUCUCAAACGUGAUAUGUGUAUCUGUUGCUGGUCUUAAAGUCCUUUGCCAUAUUUUAUUGUGUAUUUGUAUCAUUCUUGCCUUUGUCGGUCUUAUUGCAAUGACUUCUGAUGAACCCUAAAAAAACAAAUCAGAUAAACUGGAUUUCUUUUAAAACCCUAGUUAUAAGCCCUGUUUGAUGUGGCAAAGGUUGGGUUUUUUUUCCUGUUAGCAUUUGCUAAUGUUAAUAUUUUACCUAUUUUGAAUUUCGUUCUAAUGGUCUCUCUUGAGAUGUUUUUGCUUUUAUCAUAACUCACCUUGAGCAUUCAGGAAGGCAUCACUCUGCAGAUAUUCUUUUUAUGAAAUUGUGAUAAUUAACAACCUUGGUAGAAGUAACAGGGGAAACUGUCUAGGCAGCCUCAGGGAACUGUCCUACAUAAGUUACAAGAGACUUGGUUUUCCAAAAACAAAUUCUUUUUACGUAGAGACGGAUCAAACAUACAACCCUAAGCCCAAAUUAUGUGGACUCCUGGAGACAAGAUUGCAGCCGCUUUGCUCUUCCUCUGUGUCUGCUGCAUUGCUGUGAGCUAAGCCAUGGUUUGGCUGAGCAGGCUUGCGGUUUCUUCUGCUCCAGACAAUAACCAAGGCUUAUAACCAAGGUUUUUUUCCUUCGGCUUACAGCUUGUGGUUUGUCUGGAGCAGACAAACCAGAAGCCCAGAUUCAGAUGAGGCUAUAAGCCAAACCAUUGUUUAGCUCGCAGCAGCAGCAGCAGGACUGGAGGAAGAACAAAAUGGCUGCAGUCUCCUCUCUAGGAACUCGCAUGCUCACAUAUUAGCAGUAACCCAUGGUUUGGCCUUGCACUAUGCACGAACCAACUCAUGUUUUCAAAACCUGGAUGCUUUCAGUGCUUUUUACUUUCUUCCUUUCUGCUUACAGUCAUACCUCAUGUUACAUUUGCUUCAUGUUAUGUUCUUUCAGGUUACAUCCCACGGCGACCCGGAAGUACCGGAAAGGGUUACUUCCAGGUUUCGCCGCUCGGGCAUGCGCAGAAGCGCUAAAUCGCACUUCACGCAUGCGCACAAACACCAAAUCAUGCCGCACACCUGUGCAGAUACCGCACUUCAGGUUGCGCUAUUUUCAUGUUGCGAACAGGCCUCCGGAACAGAUCCUUUUCGUAACCAGAGGUACCACUGUAGUUUCAAAAGCUAUUUAAACUUCCAGUAAUAUAACUAGACGCUGAAGAAGAAACAGGAGGGUAACCAGUGAGAAAGACAUUAUCCCAGUUUAUAAAGAAGGACGUACUUGCAGUUUAACCAGUUUCCCAUACUAAUGGAAGUAGCUUACGUCUGGCAAGAUUAACAUGGCUUGUCGCAGAUUCAAGAAAUACUAUUAGAACUUCGCUGUUAUAUCAAGGAAGUCAGCAGUUUUCAAAGUGUUGUGGGGGACCCAGGGCUUCCUCAGAUUGAGGAUCUGCCUUCUCAGACAGUUUGCCCACCUCUGUGGAUCUUCUCCUGAAAUGUGUGGUUGCAGGGGAGCAAAUGCACACAUGAUUUUAUUUGUAUGCUGCUUUCUCACAUUUCAAACCAUGUUCAAGGUGGCUUACAACAUGGGGGGGAAAUACAUAACUGCAACAUAAUAAAAGUUGUUGUUGUCGUUUAGUCGUUUAUUCGUGUCCGACUCUUCGUGACCCCAUGGACCAGAGCACGCCAGGCACUCCUGUCUUCCACUGCCUCCCACAGUUUGGUCAAACUCAUGUUGGUAGCUUCGAAAACACUGUCCAACCAUCUUGUACUCUGCUGUCCCCUUCUCCUUGUGCUCUCCAUCUUUCCCAGCAUCAGGGUCUUUUCCAGGGAGUCUUCUCUUCUCAUGAGGUGGCCAAAGUAUUGGAGCCUCAGCUUCAGGAUCUGUCCUUCCAGUGAGCACUCAGGGCUGAUUUCCUUCAGAAUGGAUCGGUUUGAUCUUCUUGCAGUCCAUGGGACUCUCAAGAAUCUCCUCCAGCACCGUAAUUCAAAAAUAAUAAAAGUAGUAAUAUGCAAUUGAUAAAACAUCAAAAAAUACACAACCAAGCUGAACAAUUCCCAUAUGAAUCACAACACCUAAAAUAUAGAUACGAAAACCAAACAGCAACCACUCACCCACAAACAACAGCCAGUGUGAUUUGCAGUUGUUCCCCUGUAGGCCUUUUGGUGUUCAAGUGCAGACAUUUUGAAAAACAAAACUGCAUUGACAAAUGUGUGUUUUUUGAACAUUGGUUGCAGGUCUGGCUUAAUCCUUAUUCUUCUGAAGUAUGGGAUCACGCUUUCCGAAGCAGAUUUAGGCCUCUGUCUGCAUGAUGGAAGGUUCUCCUUAUUUCAGCAUUUCUUGAAGCGAGGCUGUAAGCUUCCACGCAGAGAGCACCGGACGGAAUUUACGAAGAAUGCAAUUCUGGCAGGAGACAAGCACAAAGAAUGGUUGCCGUCCCUCCUGUUGGCUGGGUUCAAUCCGGUGCAUCUCCUCAAUGAAUCAUGGUAAGCAAGAUUACAGACAGACACACACACAUACAAAAUAUAUGACAUGCACCUUCACCAAUCAUUUUCAGUGCAUGUGAAAAAUGUAUUUAUUCAGGCAAGCCUUUGGGGGAAGGGGUUAACGUUUCCUUUUAUUCUGAUUAUGUAGGUCUUUCACAUUUGUGAAUUUUCUCCGUGUUGUUUUAUACCUUGUUCUGUUUUUAAUCAAAGUUUUUUAGUGGUCUCUGCAUUAUCGGAAAUAAAAUACACUGUGCAUGUGUGAGCAGCAUACACACAUGCAUGUAUUCACUUGUGUGUACAGGCAUGGAUAUAGAUGCACAUCCACCUUGUCUAUUUGUGGUUUUUUACUUUGCAGAUGCGCUGCACUUAAUAGCUCUGGGUUGUUCUGUCAGCACAAGCAUUUCUCUCUUCUUCUUUUUAAAAUAAUUUUAAGAAUUGAUUUUGUUAAGAAGAAGUACAAUCGUAACAAAAAGAAAGAACAUCACAGCCUGGAAGGGCAAAAGUACAAAAGUACAGUGCAACUCCGAAGGAACAGUAAAGUAUUAACUCCUGCAAGGAUUCCCUUUACAAAUGAAACAGAUAUGUAAAAAUGAAAGUUGGCCAAUGAAGGCUUUCCCCCCACCUGUGAGUUGUGUUAUUAUUUAACAUAAAGGUUCUAUAAAGCCUUAGAUGAGACAGUCAUCUGCAUAUGUAGUAGACCCGCAAUGUACGCACGUUUAACUUGUGUGCACUCAGCUUUAUGUGCUUGACAAAAAAAUUAAAAAGUGGCUGGAAAAAACUUUGACAGUUUCACCUGCCGUUGUAUCCGAUGUGUCUUGACUAUAUGCAAUUUUGGCUUUAUGCGCUAUUUUAGAAUAUGGUUCCUGUUGCAGGUAAUGCCAAUUCUCUGAUUCAGUUAAAUAAGCACAGUACUGUACAGUAAUUGGAAGCAGACUCCUCUGACGGUACCCUCUUUCUCCCAAAUGCUCUCCUUUCCCAUGAUAAUUUCCUCUCCCUUUUAGCCACGGUGUGGUGUUAGGUCAGCACCAAGGCCAAUUCUAACCAUGGUUUGUGAACCAGCUUCAGAUCUUCUUUUCAAGCUAAUUGUGGUUGGCGUGAAUCCCAGGGCACAUGUAACACUACACAGUGGUUAAAUUGACAAGGAGUUCAUGUGCAAAAAAAGGGAAUGAAUGAGUAAGGCAUUCCUGAUCAAUUAACCAUGGUUACGACUGAGGAAAAACUGCCUCUAGUGGACAUCCUGGUUAGCAUUUAACUAGGGUCAAGUUCAGGUUUUAGCCUUGAUUAGGACUCACAAUGGGGAUUUCUGUCGGGGAGAGAUUAGGGGCAAAGGAAGCGCAUGCUCUUGCAGCCCAAUCCCUUAACCAUGGUUUCAAGAGCAUUAUGUCUGCUCCAGCCCCAAGUCUGAAAAAGAAGCAGGCUUGGAAUAGAAGCGAAUAAUUGUUGACAGACAGUGAAACUGGAAGAGAAGCGACGGCAGAACCUCCUUACAGGGAGAACAUAGUGUGGAUCUUUCACAGAAUUGUGUUCUGUGUUGAAUUCCAGCUGUGUUGACUCAUCACCGAGGGCAGGAGGUCUGUCUCCGUCAAGUGAAAGGAGAAAACAAGCCGUACGCUGUGUUUCUAAAGGUUUCAGCAAGGGGGUAGGGAAGGCAUGUGCAGACCCGCUUCUAUGGGAAAGGGGCACAGAAUGCCUUUUCUGUGCUGUAAAAGGGCAGGAAUCAUCUUGUUGCUGAACACACAAGACUUGCAGCUGGGCUAAAAUAAUAAAAAAAGAGCCCUGUAUUCCGAAGCAAAACAUUAAAGGUCACUGGAUGCAGGCAGCAUGAAAAAGGUUCUUUUAACUGCUUCGAUCUCUAGGAAAGACCCCUGUACCUUGAAGGCUGCUUCCUUAAGGGAAGCAAAAUAUAAAUCCUUUAAUUAUGGCACUUGGACAAGCUUAUGGUUUCCAACUGGCAGCCCGCUUGCCGGGUGUAAUUUAAUACUAGGGGUGGGCGAGCAGAGUAAGUAUUGCUGAAUUCAUCAAGCCGUCGAGAGCCUAAGUUUACAGGCCCCAAGUGCAGCUCAAAGCUGUUCAGCUAAAUGAAAUGAUGUUCUAGUUGAAGGAUGAUUCCAUAUGUACGUUGCGCCUUCGACAAGCUUAGCAAGCCCUGGUUCAAACUGCUUGUGUGUGUGUGUGUUUUAGGGCAGGAGUUUGGGAGCCACAUAUUGUUGGAUUCAAGCUCACAUCAUCCCCAGCCAGCAUGGCCAAUGAUCAGAAAGCCCUGCUCUAAGCUUCAUGGGCACAUCCAUCCCCAUGGACACCACCUUCUUGGGUUGAGCUGGAAACACAAGAAGAGUCUUACUGGAUGAGGCUAUGGGCCCAACCAGUCCAGCUCUCUGUUCUCAGACUGGCCAACCAAGCAGGACUUGAGGGCAACCGUACUGUUGCGGUUUUUGGUACAGUGGUGCCUCGCAAGACGAAAUUAAUUCGUUCCGCGAGUUUUGUCGUCUUGCGAUUUUUUCCAUCUUGCGAAGCACGGUGUCGGGAAAGUUUUGGAAAAGCUUCAAAAAUACCAAAGUCUUUAAAAACCUCAAAAAAGGCUACCACACCGCGUUCUAUGAGUUGCUCCUCGAAGUCAAGUCGCAACCAUAUUAAGAAAAAGGAAACAAACUUGCGAAGCAAGCCCAUAGGGAAAAUCGUCUUGCGAAGCAGCUCAAAAAACAAAAAAGCCCUUUCGUCUAGCGAGUUUUUUGUCUUGCGAGGCAUUCGUCUUGCGAGGUACCACUGUAACUGGUCUUCAGAAGCAUGUUGCCUCCAGCGAUGGAGGAAAGGUCUGCAGUGACUUUUCUUGUGUUCACCUGGAACACAAGUAGAGUGGCUCAGGGUCCACCAUCUCAGAGGAAGUUCACACAGUCAAGUGAAAAUGUAAACGCCCCCUCCAAAUGUUCCCUGAUCAACACAGGUCAGGGGAAGCUCAGGGACUGAGCAGACAGGACGAUGUACAAUGUGAUUUUGGAGAUGAGACUUUGGGGAUGCUGUUUCUUCCUGACACAUACCGUAUUUUUUGCUCUAUAAGACGCAGCAGGCCACAAGACACACCUAGUUUUUGGAGGAGGAAAACAAGAAAAAAAAUAUUCUGAAUCUCAGAAGCCAGAACAGCAAGAGGGAUCGCUGUGCAGUGAAAGCAGCAAUCCCUCUUGCUGUUCUGGCUUCUGGGAUAACUGCGCAGCCUGCAUUCACUCCAUAAGAUGCACACACAUUUCCCCUUACUUUUUAGGAGGGAAAAGGUGAGUCUUAUAGAGCAAAAAAUACGGUAUUUGCAUCUUCAGGCAAAAGCUCUCCUAAUAACCGAGUUCUGCUCGAUUGUAGGGUUUCCUCUGUAAGCAGUGACACUCUCAACUUCCUUCUGGAGUUCACUAACUGGAAGAGGCUUCCCUGGGACGUGGAGCAGAUCCUUUCCGACCACAAAGAAACCUCCGCCUGGGUGACUUGCAGUCACUUCGGUAAGUGACUCUAUGCAAUCUGUUUUAUUUCACGGCAUAGAUGACAAAACUGCUUUUGGGGUUGACGUGCAUUACGAACGCUUGGGCAAAAUAAUGUGGAGCCUGUAAAAGAAGCGGUGCGGAUCUUGAUCCAGAGUAAUUGUGUUUCACAAAAAUCCGUGCUUCCCUGUAGAAGGCUUCGUUGCCAGGCAGACCGCGAAAUCUGCCAUGCUGGGUGGAGGUUAGGCUAUGGUGGAGGCUUUACUCUGAUGGCAGAGGCCUCUAAAGCAGAGGGCACCCACUGAAAGUGUGGGGUGGCGGUGGUGGCGGUGGAAGCUGUAUCCUACCAAUGUUAGUUUAUCUCCCCCUGCCCCACAAAUGGCUGAGAGAGGUGGUGGAGCCAGACUAGCCAAGAAUCUGUUGCAUCUUAAGCUGGUCCAGUUUCUUGGGGUCCCUUCCAACUCUAUCAUAAGCCUGAUCCAGGCUUCUGGGCCGGGCUAGCUUGGAGAGGUGAAAACCAGCAGUUUUAUUGCCAUUCUGCACUCUGUUCAGCACAAGGUCUAUGGGUGUGGUAGGGGCUUCACUGCACCAUUUAGCCUUGUUGCUCCCAGCUGGGAGUUAGAAUUCAGGGAUGGGGAACCUGUGGACCUCUAGAUGUGGACUGGAGGAUGAUGGGAGUUGUAGUCCAGUCCAGUAUACAUGAAGGAGCAUCUCCACCCCCAUCGUUCUGCCCGGACACUGAGGUCCAGUGCCGAGGGCCUUCUGGCGGUUCCAUCGCUUCGAGAAGCCAAGUUACAGGGAACCAGGCAGAGGGCCUUCUCGGUAGUGGCACCCGCCCUGUGAAUGCCCUCCCACCAGAUGUCAAAGAGGAGAACAACUACCAGACUUUUAGAAGACAUCUGAAGGCAGCCCUGUUUAGGGAAGCUUUUAAUGUUUAAUAGGUUAUUGUAUUUUAAUAUACUGUUGGAAGCCGCCCAGAGUGGCUGGGGAAACCCAGCCAGAUGGGCGGGGUAUAAAUAAUAAAUUAUUAUUAUUUAUUAUUAUUAUUAUUUAUUAUUAUUAUUAUUAUUAUUAUUAUCAUCAUCAUUAUCAUAGUCCAGCAACACGUGGAGAGCAGCUUGUUGAUUCUCCCUGCCUUCAGUGUAGGAUGUUGCUGUAAGUUUGAGGGCUACGAAGGACUGCAACCCAGAGAGCCAUUGCCAGCCGGAGUAAAUAAUUUUGAGCUAGAUGACUGGUGGACAGACUCCUUCCUAUGCAGUGCAAGCUGGUUUCAGAGCAGAGGCGUCCCUACAACGCAGCUCUUCCAAUUAGCCUUCCCAAAUCAGUGGGUAUAUAUAAAUGAUCCUGUCGUUCUGCUUGAUCCGGCUCUGGAGAUAAAGGUCAGCCAAUUACUCCUGGCAGUGGUGAAGCUCAGGACCACCCGCCAGGGAGAAAGAAAAGCGCAGAUACAGUAUGGAAUCGUCAGUUGCUAACUAGAGACUCGGGAGAGUGAAAUACCAUUUUUUUAAUAAUAGAAAGGUUAGGCUAGACUCUGAUCAGGAAAUGUCUUUCUUUUUCUCUCCUGUGUACAAGGCCAGCAAACGUAUCAGGAUGGUUCAGUCUGAAUAUUUGCUUAAUUACCAUCUCUUUGUGGUCUCCCUUCAGUUCACUUACUCGCCCUCCCCUGCCCUCAAUAUUUUCAUUAUUUUUCUCUCUUGUCUGUUUAAAAGAUCUGCAGUAUUAUUAUUUUUUAAAGAAUAAGGCAGAUGGUGCUAUUUAAUAGAAGGGAGCUGGUUUCAGUCUUAUAUUUUAAAUUUUAUAAACAAAACAAACAAACAAAAAACCCAAGAUCAUCCAGUUUGCACUGAAUUUGCAAAGCAAGUCUGUGGGCUCAGGAACUCUUAAUGCAGAUUAGAUAUGUCUUGACUGCUAAGUAGAUUCAGGGCAGAAGGAAGAAAGGCUUCCACUCUCUAAACAGUGCGUGAUGCAUUUAUGGAAUUCGCCGCUGCAUGGUGUGGCGAUGGCUGCUCGAUUCGAUGGCUUUAAAAGGAGCCAAGACGAAGUCAUGGAGGGGCAGCCUGACCUGUGGUUGUUAACUAUGAUGGUUUUAUGGAACAAUUGCAGAAGGGAGCUUGAAGUCCUCUCGGUUGUUGUGCCCCAUAUAAUUCUGUUUUAUUUUUCUGCGACAGAGCACAUCCCUCCCUUGUCUCAUCUUUGCCGUCUGGAGAUCCGGUCACUUUUGACGAGCGAUCGCUUACGGUCAGACCAGUUUAUUCGCCAGCUGCCAUUACCCACUUGCCUGCAGGACGCCUUGCUUUACAAAGACGUGUUGAGAAGCUACGCCAUUUCGGAAUCUCAGCUUAGACUGGGCGAAGUGUACGAACAGAAUGUCCCGCCACCUCUUUCCAGUUCAGGAAACACAGAGAGGAGAGAAAACACGAGAACUGAAGCAGGCUCAUCAUAG